AUGUUGCAACAGCUGAGCGACGGCACACGGCACCCAACUACAUUCUUCUCGAGGAAGCUGAAACCUACUGAACGCCGCUACAGCACCUUCGGGCACGAACUGCUGGCCGUCUACUCGAACACGCGUUUCGACCACGUACACCUCGACAUUGUCGGACCUCUGCCGCCUUGCCAAGAGAAUGCCUAUUUACUGCCGUGCAUUGACAGAUUCACGCGCUGGGCGGAGGCCAUACCUAGAACGGAUAUCACAGCUGACACGGUUGCCCGCGCCUUCUUGCACCACUUGGUUGCUCGUUUCGGUGCACCAUCUAUAAUAACAACGGACCGCGGAAGGCAGUUCGAAUCAUCACUUUUCGCCAGCAUUACACGUUUCGUUGGUGCUUCUCGUAUCGGAACAACCACCUACCACCCGAUUAGCAACGGCCUGGUGGAGCGUUUCCACCGCCAGCUCAAGUAUGCGCUCGCCGCAACAGAAGAGCGCAACUGGACGGAGGCACUACCACUAAUCCUCUUGGGAAUCCGGACAGCUGUCAAGACAGACAUCGGCUGCAGUGCGGCCGAACUGGUCUACGGAACGACAUUGCGCCUUCCAGGAGAAUUCUUCACGGGCAGCCCGUAA